AUGGGUGUGGACUUACCACCCCAGGUAUUGGACAGUCCUCGUAGCCACUCGUUCAUUCAGACUGAGACAGGGACCAGAAGGUGUAGAUUCAUCCUGGAGUCAGUGGAGCACACAGCAGCAGCACUGCUUAACCUCAGCGCCAACAUGUUGUAUCUGGAGACGGGGACGCCCACGUCGUACAGCGAGGUAAGGCCCAGGGAGGAGGCUCCUACUGGGGCAUCAGGGACCUCUAACGUCCCCUUGGCUCCAUGGAGACUGACCCAGGGACCACCUCCACCCAUCAGACUGACCCAGGGACCACCUCCACCCAUCAGACUGACCCAGGGACCACCUCCACCCAUCAGACUGACCCAGGGACCACCUCCACCCAUCAGACUGACCCAGGGACCACCUCCACCCAUCAGACUGACCCAGGGACCACCUCCACCCAUCAGACUGACCCAGGGACCACCUCCACCCAUCAGACUGACCCAGGGACCACCUCCACCCAUCAGACUGACCCAGGGACCACCUCCACCCAUCAGACUGACCCAGGGACCACCUCCACCCAUCAGACUGACCCAGGGACCACCUCCACCCAUCAGACUGACCCAGGGACCACCUCCACCCAUCAGACUGACCCAGGGACCACAGUGCAGUUCUCUGUCUGUCCAGUCACAGUAUACCAACCUGGGGUUGCUGAACAGCAUGGAUCAGAACAUCCAAAAUGGCGGCUCUACCUCCACCAGUCCCUACAACAACGACCAUGUCCAGAACAGCGUGUCAGCUCCUUCACCCUACGCCCAGCCCAGCUCCACCUUCGACGCCAUGUCCCCCUCCCCGGCUAUCCCCUCCAACACAGACUACGCUGGGACACACACCUUCGACGUCUCCUUCCAGCAGUCCUCCACAGCUAAGUCUGCCACCUGGACGUACUCUACAGAGCUGAAGAAGCUGUACUGUCAGAUCGCCAAGACGUGUCCCAUCCAGAUCAAGGUGCUGACCAACCCCCCGCAGGGCGCCGUCAUCAGAGCCAUGCCCGUUUACAAGAAGGCAGAGCACGUCACCGAGGUGGUCAAACGCUGCCCCAACCACGAGCUCAGCCGGGAGUUCAACGACGGUCAGAUAGCCCCUCCCAGUCACCUGAUCCGAGUGGAGGGUAACAGCCACUCUCAGUAUCUGGAGGACUCCAUCACGGGCCGUCAGAGUGUGCUGGUCCCCUACGAGCCCCCCCAGGUGGGCACAGAGUUCACCACCAUCCUCUACAACUUCAUGUGUAACUCCAGCUGUGUGGGAGGCAUGAACCGACGCCCCAUACUCAUCAUCGUCACCCUGGAAGCCAGAGAUGGUCAGGUGCUUGGUCGUCGCUGCUUCGAGGCCAGGAUCUGUGCGUGUCCUGGCCGGGACCGCAAGGCGGACGAGGACAGCAUCCGCAAGCAGCAUGUUACUGACGGAACAAAGACCAGUGAGGGUAUGAAACGCCCCUUCCACCAGGUCUCUCAUGGAAUCCAGAUGUCCUCCAUCAAGAAGAGAAGAUCUACAGAUGAGGAAGUGUUCUGUCUGCCCAUUAAAGGCCGUGAAAUCUAUGAGAUUUUGGUGAAAAUCAAAGAGUCACUGGAACUCAUGCAGUUUCUGCCUCAACACACUGUCGAGUCGUACAGGCAGCAGCAGCAAAACCUCCUGCAGAAACAGAGCGCCAUGGCCCCCCAGCCCCAGUAUGGCUCCAGCUCCCCUCCUCCCCCCCACGGCAAGGUCAACAAGCUGCCCUCCGUCAGCCAACUCAUCAACCCCCAGCAACGCAACACCCUCACCCCCUCCUCCAUGGUCCAAGGCCUGACUGACAUGACUCCGAUGAUGGGCCACAUGGCUAUGAAUGCUGACAUGUCGGCCCUGAGCCCCGCACACAUCCUGCAGCCCCAGUUACCCAUGGUGCCCAGCUCCCACUGCACCCCACCGCCUCCCUACCCCAUGGACAGCAGCAUCUCCAGCUUUCUUCUGCGGCUGGGCUGCGCAGCCUGCCUGGACUGUUUCACAGCACAGGGCCUGACCAACAUCUACCAGAUCGAGAACUAUAACUUGGAGGACCUGUCCCGGCUGAAGAUCCCGCAGGAGUUCCAGCACGUCAUCUGGAAGGGCAUAAUGGAGCAUCGGCAGAGCAUGGAGUUCUCCCCUCCUCCCCACAUCCUGCGUACCUCCAGCGGGGCCUCCACCGUCAGCGUAGGGUCCUCCGAGGCCCGCGGCGAGCGGGUCAUCGACGCCGUGCGCUUCACCCUGCGCCAGACCAUCUCCUUCCCUCCGCGUGACGACUGGUCCGACUUCUCCUUCGACCUGGACUCCCGACGCAACAAGCAGCAACGCAUCAAGGAAGAGGGGGAAUAG